AUGGACAUACAUGCGACUAUAAAUAAGUACCGGUGCUCGAGGCCGGGCUGUGGGCAGGAGUUUCGUGACAUAACUGAUUUUAAACACCAUUUAGAGUUACACAGACACCCGGGUAAUUACCGGUGCCUUUGGCCGGGCUGUUACCGGCAGUUGAGUUGUAAUACGGCUCUAAAGACACAUAUGUGUGAACACACGGGUAGUCGUAGGUAUCGGUGCCAUUGGCCCGGAUGUGAGUAUAAUACUCAACACAAAAGAAGUGAUGACCAGAAGAAUGAAGAGUCGAUUGGAGACCAAGAAGUGGUCAUUGAAUCGGAAGACAAUCACAACAACGGUUCCAGUGAUGAGGAAAUGUGCGACAAAUCACAAGAUAAUGAAGUCGUCAACCGAUGGGAACUAAUCACUGAUUUGGUGGUUAAGUGCGAGACAACUGAUGAGACAAACGGUGGACAACUGGGUGUCUAUGAGUGCGAAGAAGGCAUCCCUCAAGACAUUCACUCAACUGAUGGACUGUUUGUGUGUUCACUAAAUGGCUGUAAAACCAGUUUUGAAUUAAAACCAAACCUAACCCGACAUCAACUGGUAGUACAUCCCGAAGCCUUUCCGGACAUACCGUGGAUGGUGUGCUCGCAUACGGACUGUCAGUAUAGGACUAAACACGUGAAUGCAAUGACUCAACACUCGCGUAGGCAUACGAAGCCAUUUGAGUGCACCCGAUGUGGACAGACAUUCUCGAGGAAUAUCUAUCUUAGCCUUCACUCUAAGAAACACUGCAAACAGUCUGUAAGAGUCGGCACCCGAGGGUCCGGUUGUGGCAACACUUCUGUCACUAAAAGACGUCUCAAACCACAAACCAAUGGACAGACAGUUGUGUCACAAGACGUGAACACAAAUGAAAAGUCUAUUAAUAGUAAUGAAUUGAAAAGCGAUUCAAAUGACAGUCAAAGUGAUAGCCGUUUGCAGACAUCAGAGGGACUCCAUGUUUGCGAUUAUGUCGGUUGCGGUAAAGGUUUUGCAAAACUAAUGUCGUUAUCACUUCACAAGCGAUCGCACGACAAGACAAUCACUAAGACAUCGCACGGCCGCUAUGUUUGCGAUUAUAUCGGUUGCGGUAAGAGUUUUGCCUCAAAGGACUAUUGGUAUAAACAUAGACGCAUACACUCGAUACACUCGGGACUGACCUACCGGUGCGAUGUGGACGGUUGUACGGCUUUCAUACUUAGCGCUCUGUUAGAGAUAUUUGGGAACGUCGGUUCACGUGUCCGGUCGAGGAAUGCCUGCAAACGUAUAAAACGAAGGGAACGUCGGUUCACGUGUCCGGUCGAGGAAUGCCUGCAAACGUAUAAAACGAAGUAUGAGAUGAUUCACCACCAGUUGAGACAACAUCCCGACUCUGUGCCGGACGUGCCGUGGAUUCAGUGCACACACACUGACUGCCAGUUUAGGACCAAAUCAAAAGAUUAUUUCAAUGCACACGUGAGACACCACUCCAAACACUACCGGUGCGAUCAGUGCCGCAAAUGGUUCACACAUUUAUGUCAACUCAAACUCCAUGAGCCCACGCAUAAUAAAGCGUUAAAGCAAUACCGGUGCGAAUGGCCCGGUUGUAAGGGUGCAAAGUGCACUACUAGGGCCGGUAUUAAUAAGCAUAUGGAAACACAUACGAGUAAACGAUAUAAGUCAAACGCUACUAAAAAACAUUUGACACAAGUUUUGCCACAAAUUGGUUGCCAUCGAAGAAGUGGUGAUCAGACGAGACAACAGUCCAGUGAUUGCGACGAUAAUAGCAGUAGAGUUGGACACCAAUUGAAUGCCAAAAAAGUGGUAAUUAAAUCGGAAGUCAGUAAUGAAUGUCAUAUUAAUAGCGAUACAAAUGACGAGACAAUCGGUGGAAGUGUUGACGAAAGUGAAGACACGACUGAAUGCGAGAACUCUUUAGGAAGUGAUAAGACUUGCGAUGAAAGCGAUGGUAAGACACGUGCAGUAAGUGAUGGCACGAGUGGACAGUUUGUGUGCCAUUGGAGUGGAUGUGGGAAACGGUUCACAAGUAUAGCAGACAUGUGUCGACACAAACCCUUUGACACACCACCAGACACUGAUGGCCACUACCGGUGCGAUCACCCGAACUGUUCCCUGAGUUUCGGACACAUCUAUGCCUACAAUCAGCACAAAAAGUGCGGUUUUCACGUGACCUCCGAUGGCCAGUAUGUGUGCGCUUACGAGGGCUGCGGCAAGAGUUACGCCGAUAGGAUCGGCCACUACAGGCACCGACACGUCCACUCCGACACCACCACCACAUACCGGUGCGAUUGGGAGGGCUGCGCGAAAGCAUUCUCGUCGCGCAUACGUCUGAGAGAACACAAAUGUAAGCAACACGGCUCGAGAUACCGGUGCGAUCGCGAGGGCUGUGCGUUCACAACGGGCGACAAAUACCGGUUAACUACACACAUGUCGUCCCACUCGACGGACAGGCAGUUCGAGUGUGCGCUCAAUGCAUGCAAACAACGGUUUAAGACACAGAAGUGUUUGAGUGGUCAUCAGUUAGCGCUACAUCCCGACGCCUUUCCCGACAUACCGUGGAUUGAAUGCCCGGAAACUGACUGUCAGUAUAGGACUAAAUUAAAGGGCAGUCUCAGCGCUCAUUUGAACGGCCACUCGCGGCCAUACCGGUGCUCGCAGUGUGGGAAAGCCUUCCCGAGCGGUAGUCACCUUCGCGAUCACCAGCGCACACAUAACGAGUCCUUACAAUACCGGUGCGAAUGGCCGGGCUGUGAGAAACGGUUUGUGCAAAAAACAUCGCUUAUCGGUCAUAUGAAUGCCCAUUUGGGCGCCAAUACGUACCGGUGCUCGUGGCCCGGCUGUGAGAAGUCCUAUACGAAUGAUAAGUCGUUGAGAUCUCACGUACAGACGCAUAAGGGUGUGAAGAACUACCGGUGCCAGUGGCCGGGCUGUGGGUACGCCACUGAUCGUAGCAGAUAUCUGGGCAACCAUAUGGACAAACAUAAGUGA